CAUUUACAAUCUUUCUACCAUUUAUUCUAUUCAUAGCUUCAACUAUAUUUGUAUUCAACCAUGUCUGAAGAGGCUAAAGAUGGAGACCUUGGCGUACCGUCAUCAUGGCCAGAAUAUCCGACGUUGGUACCUCUUCCAUUCAAAAUCAUUGCCUUGAUACAUCUAUCAGUUUAUUUGUGGUAUUUGGUUGCUCGUAUCAAUUAUCAUAAGUUAAAUAUGAAUACUUUACAGUUGAUUAAUCUUUCUUAUUCGAAACAUAGCUAUGCCCAAUUGGAUAGCUAUCUCCCACACAACGGUGAAUAUGCCACCACCACCCACGCCGACUUCAAAGAGAAUAAACAACUCAUUUUGGGGAUUUGGAACUUGUUUAAAAAAUUGAGUGUGGUGAUAUUUGGUAGUUAUACAGGAUACCAGGUAUUAGGGGUUUUCUAUGAUACAAACAUUGUAGUAUUGAUCCCACUCAUCACGUUAAUGACAGUCGUGUACUAUAUUUUCCCACCCAAUAGCUCAUCUAUUGGGUUACAUAGAUGUUUCACCACUUUGAAAAGAAUCUUGGUGGGUAGAAUUAACUCGAGGACAAUGAGAACUAAUGAUAUUUUGAUCUCCGAUACUCUUGUAUCAUUUAAUAGAGUGAUCAAUGACUUUGUUCUCUUGAUCUGGAUCACCAUAUUCGGCAUGGAAAGAGCCUACAGUCCAAUCAUGGAGUUUUCUGCCUUGUCGAUCCCGGUGAUCAUCAGAAUCAAACAAUGUUGGUAUGAGUAUCAUAUCACGGGUGCAAGACAACAUCUUUUGAACUUGAUCAAAUAUUCAACUAAUUUCGGACCCAUGGUCAUUACUGUACUCAUUAAAUAUACCAAUCUUAACCGUGAGGAAGGUGUCGUUUCAGAAGAAGAAUUAAGUGCCAAAUUGGCAAAACUUUCCAUAUGGUGGUUUUUCUUUGCUACCAUCAAUUCUACAUAUUCUUUUGUAUGGGACAUUAAAAUGGAUUGGGGGUUAAGAUUAUUUGAUCGGAUGUUUGGAAUUAGUCAUUCCUCCACGGAUCUUAUCGAGACCACUCUUCGCCCUUCAAACCAACUUUUGGGCCCGGUACUGAAGUACGUUGCUGUCAUUGUUCUUGACUUCAUCUUGAGAUUCAUUUGGAUUUUGAAAUGGUUCAACUCUCCAACUCAUGUUUUGGGACAUUUGGGGUUGUUUUUCUUUAGUGCCAAUGCCCAUCAGUUUGGGUUCUGUGCACUUGAAAUGCUUGAAAUCUUGAGAAGAUGGAUGUGGGUGUUUUUAAAACUCGAAUCCGAUUGGUUCAAACAACAAACACAAGCCAUUGAAAUGGAUUUGGUUAAGGAGAAUUAAUAGAAUAUAUAUAGA